AAAUGAGAAACAAAUUUUAAACAAACUUCUAUAAGUGUGGACGUGGGAGUUUUGGGCGUUUUGUAAGAAACGCUUCCUUCUACUUGUUGCAUACUUUUCAACGAAUCUAGUAUACCCUCUACGAGUAAUGGGUAUAACACCUAAUGAUAACGAGUGCUGCCACAAGAAAUGUACUAAAACAAUGUGCAGAUUACGCCUCAUUGCCUUAUUGUGUUCAAAAUGAAAUGGCUGCUGGUUUGCUUUAUUCUCGCGCUUCUUUCAUACGGAUCGCUUGGCCAGGAUUUGCUAGAUCCGAACUGUGUGCAAACACCAGUUGGAGUCCGCAAUCAAAUUUUAGGAGGUCAUAAUACUGAUAUACAGUCGCAUCCAUGGAUGGUACAGAUACUCCAGAGGGGCUAUCACUACUGUGGUGGCUCACUGAUAAGCUCACUAUUUGUUCUGACAGCAGCGCAUUGCGAAAGCCUAUACCCUUUGAAAGUGCGUUUGGGUGGAUAUAAUGGCAAUACGCCCAGAUACGACUGUUCAAGCGAAUAUUGCUCACCAUUAGGCGCAGAAAUCGACGUGCAGCGGAUAUUUUCGCACCCGUUCUACGGGGAAUAUCAUAAUUAUGAUAUUGCCCUAUUUCUGCUGGCCCAACCCGUAAGAUAUAAUGUUCAAAUAAGACCGAUCUGUGUGCUGACAACUUCGGACGAGAGCAAAUUGCAACGAUUUCUGAACUAUGUUAGCACGUUUAAUGUGACCGGCUGGGGCAAAACGGAAUCUGAAACCACGAGCACAAAACUUCAGACAGCUAGUUUGUACCACCUGGAUCGCGGAUACUGUGUCCAAAUCUUCGGCAGGGAAAUAGGCUGGCCACACAUCUGUGCUGGCCAUUCGCAAUCCUUUACGUGCGCCGGCGAUUCUGGUGGUCCGUUGAGCGCGGAGCUUACCUUUUCGGGAGUGAAACGCCCCUUUUUGUUCGGAAUAAUCAGCUAUGGGGCUCCUAAAUGCCGUGAAGCUACCGUAUUCACGAAUGUUUUACAGUACUCAAGUUGGAUUAGAGGAAUGGUGCAAAGGUUCACUCCUACUUAAGAUUUGUAGGAUUUGUAGGACUGUCCAUUUCGGUAUUGCAAUAAAUGCAAUCAUUUUCAAUGCAAUUUGUUUGUAGAAAUGCUCCAAUUCAAUGCAAUCGGGUCCCGAGAACUCAAGUCAAUCGCAUAAUUCCUGGAAUUUAUACAUACGUCGAAUGACUGGGAAAUAACGAUAAGCUUUUCUCUGAUAUGCAUUAAUAAAUGGCGUUGGCGAAUGAA